UGAGUGCGCACAGGUGUGCGCGUUGUGUUGUGCGCCGCCGUCGCAACGUCCCUAGUCGUAGUCGUAGUCUUCGUAGCGCGCUAGGGGUCCGGCGAGCGAGCACGACGGGCAAAUCAGCUGACGGCCCGCAGUCGAGAACAUGGCGGCCGCCUGGAGUAAGCUCCUCGAACAGCGACGGCCCGCCGUUGUUGCCGGCACCGUAGCCCUCAUCUACGCCUGGUCCUACUUCAGGUUUCUCAGGAAGCAGAAGAGGAGUCGGGAACUUGCUGCAGCAGCGCUUGUUUUCGACAAGAAAGAUGCCAAGAAGGAGAAAGCGCACGUGGACCGCGAAUUCUUCAGACAGCUGGGCAGCCUGCUCAAAGUCGUCAUACCUGGUGUCUUCACACCAGAGUUUGGCUACAUGCUGUUGGUGGCCAGCUCGCUCAUUGGCCGGACACUGUGCGACAUCUGGCUCAUCCGCAAUGGCACCAUCAUCGAACGAGCCAUCAUCUCGCGGAACGUGUCGCUCUUCAAGGACACCCUGCAGGCGUUCAUCUUCACCAUGCCCAUGCUUUCCAUGGUCAACAACCUCCUUAAGUACGGGCUGAGCGAGCUGCGACUUCGCUUCCGGUCUCGACUACACCAUGCCCUGUACAAGGAGUACCUGAGCGGCAUCACCUACUACCGGAUGAGCAACCUCGACAACCGCAUCGCCAACCCGGACCAGCUGCUCACACAGGAUGUGGAGAAGUUCUGUGGCUGCCUGACCGAUCUCUAUUCCAACCUGAGCAAGCCGUUGUUGGACAUUGUGCUCUACGUGCGGUGGCUGUCGGUGGCCAUUGGCCAGGAGGCACCCGGUGCCAUGCUGCUCUACCUGCUGUUUGCGGGGGUCAUCCUGACGCGCAUGCGACGUCCCGUCGGCCGCAUGACCAUCGAGGAGCAGAAGCUCGAGGGCGAGCUGCGAUACGUCAACUCGCGCCUCAUCACCAACAGUGAGGAGAUUGCCUUCUACCAAGGCAACGACCGUGAACGGAUAACGCUGGACAACUCGUUCCGGCGGCUUGUGCAGCACCUGCGGGACUUUCUGGAGUACCGCUUCACCCUCGGCAUUGUGGACGACAUCGUUGCCAAGUAUCUGGCGACGGUGGUCGGCUACCUGCUGAUCAGUCGGCCGUUCAUGGCCGGCCAGCGCAUGCAACUGGACCACAACCAGCGGCUCGAGGAGUACUACAAGAGCGGCCGCAUGCUCGUCAAGCUCGCCGAGUCCGUGGGGCGAGUCGUGCUCGCCGGACGAGAGAUGACUCGGCUGGCCGGCUUCACUGCCCGCGUGUCUCAACUGCGACAUGUGCUGCACGACCUCGCCAGGGGUCACUACGUGCGCUCCAUGCUCGCCGUAGAACCUGCCGUCGCGGAGGAAGCCGGCGACACGUCAAAACCUCGGCGCCGCAUGGAGCUGGUGCCGGGUGCCGGCCGUAUCAUCACACGCGACAACAUUAUCCGCUUCCAAAAUGUGCCGCUCGUUACGCCCAACGGAGACGUGCUGGUCGAUGACCUCUCCAUAGAAGUCAGGUCCGGUGUCAACGUGCUCGUCUGCGGUCCCAACGGCUGUGGAAAGAGCUCACUCUUCCGCAUCCUUGGAGAGCUGUGGCCCCUCUUUGGAGGCACCCUCGUGAAGCCAGCCAAGGAGAAGCUCUUCUACAUUCCACAGCGGCCGUACAUGACGCUUGGCACGCUCAGAGACCAGGUGAUCUACCCAGACAGCCACCUGGACAUGCUGCGGCGUGGCGUGACAGACGAGCAGCUGGCACGGUUCCUACACUUAGUCCAGCUGGACUACGUGCUGGAGCGGGAACGUGGCUGGGACACCAUCCAGGACUGGAUGGACAUCCUCAGCGGUGGAGAGAAGCAGCGUAUUGCGAUGGCCCGGCUGUUCUACCGGCAGCCCCAAUUCGCCAUCCUGGACGAAUGCACAAGCGCGGUGAGCGUCGACGUCGAGGGCUCCAUGUACCAGUAUUGUCGACAGGCCGGCAUCACCCUCUUCACGGUGUCGCACCGCAAGUCGUUGUGGAAGUACCACGAGUACUGCCUGUACAUGGAUGGCCGAGGAAGCUACGAGUUCAAGCCCAUCACCCCAGAUACCAAGGAGUUCGGAUCCUAGCGAAGACGACCCCGAGCAACUUCCGAGUGCCUUGUUCACAGAGCCUGUACAGCGUGUUUGUGUCGUAUAGUGAAUAAAAAAGAGACUGGGACAUGUUUAACCAGGAAAGAGCCUGUGUUUUAUUAUUAAAUCAACCAUGUUUCUCUCGCUGCGCCACAAAUGGAGGGGGAGGAGGAACAAAAAAAAAGGGUGAGUGAAACGGAGGG